GACACACCCCCCCUCCAGAUGACAGCUGGCUCCGUGGUUCCUUCAUAAGUUUCCAGCAAGGAGCCCCAGUCAGUCAGAGCCAGGAACCGUCCGAGCUGUUGAGCCUCACACGAACGAGUUUUUGAGUUUGAAUCAUGUCUAUGCAUGGAGGACACCAGGGGCCGGGGUCUGAGGGGCCGGGGGGGGCCUCCAUCAUCCGCAUCCCGCCCCAUCACUACAUCCACGUCCUGGACCAGAACACCAACAUCGCCCGGGUGGAGAUCGGACCGCUCACGUACAUCCGCCAGGACAACGAGAGAGUGCUGUUCAUGCCGGUUCGGAUGAUCAUGGUGCCGCCGCGUCACUACUGCGUGGUCAUCAACCCGGUGGCCCGCGAUGAUGACAAGCAAGUCCUCUUCGACCAAUCGGGGCAGGCCAAACUCCGCCACGCCGACCUGGAGAUCCGUCUGACCCAGGACCCCUUCCCCCUGUACCCUGGAGAGGAGAUUCAGCAGGACGUGACUCCGCUGCAGAUCGUGUACCCCGACACGGCGCUGCGUCUCCAGGCGCUGCUGGACUUCCAGGGGGAGGUGGGGGUGAAGAGAGUGGCCGGAGACGAGUGGCUGUUCGAGGGACCAGGGACCUACAUCCCCAGGAAGGAGGUGGCCGUGCUGGAGACCAUCAAAGCCACGGUGAUCAGAGAGAACCAGGCCAUCAGACUGAGAGCUCGCAAGGAGGGGACGGACAGACAGGGGGUCCGCAGGGUCACAGGUGAGGAGUGGCUGGUCAGUAAGGUGGGAGCGUACCUUCCAGGUGCUCACGAGGAAGUCAUCGAUAUCGUCAACGCUUUCAUCCUGACAGACAAGAAAGCGCUUCAUGUCCGCGCCCUGCGGCCCUUUAAGGACGCCGGCGGGCGGGACCGGCGUACGGGGGAGGAGUGGCUGGUCACCAUGAAAGACAGGGAGGCUCACAUCCCGUCUGUGUCCGAGGAGGUGGUGGGCGUGGUGGAGGUGACCACGCUGAGCAGCCGGCAGUACUGCGUGAUCCUGGACCCGGUUGGCCCCGACGGGAAACCCCAGCUGGGACAGAAGAGGGUGGUGAAGGGCGAGCGCUCUUUCUUCCUGCAGCCGGGCGAGCGCCUUGAACAGGGCAUCCAGGACGUGUAUGUGCUGUCGGAAGAGGAGGGUCUGGUCCUUCGAGCCGUGGAGGCGUUCAACGACACCCAGGAGCGCGGCGAGGAGGAAGACGAGCCCGAGGAGGAGGAAGAGGAGAGGGCCAAGCGCUCGCGAAGGAGCCCCGGCGUCCUGCGUCGCCCCGGAGACCGCUGGAUGCUGCGGGGGCCCAUCGAGUACGUCCCGCCCGCCGCCGUGGAGGUGAUGCUGAGACGACAGGCCAUCCCGUUGGACGAGAACGAGGGCAUCUACGUCCGGGACAUCAAAACUGGAAAGGUGCGUGCGGUGAUCGGUCACACCUACAUGCUGACUCAGGAUGAGGAGUUGUGGCAGAAGGAGCUUCCUGCCAAUGUGGAGGCGCUGCUGGCUUCUCCUCUGGACCCGCUGGCCGACCGCUCGCACCGGACCAGAACCAGAGACGAUGACGGUCGUCCCAGGGACAAGACCAAGGUGGUCUCCUUCAGGGUCCCCCACAAUGCCGCCGUCCAGGUCUACGACUACAGGGAGAAGGCAGCCAGGGUGGUGUUCGGACCAGAGAUGGUGAUGCUGGGACCUGACGAGCAGUUCACUGUGCUGUCGCUGUCCGGAGACAAACCAAAGAGGGCCAACGUCAUUAAAGCCAUCUGCCUACUGCUGGGGCCCGACUUCUUUACCGACAUCAUCACCAUCGAGACGGCCGACCACGCCCGGCUGCAGCUGCAGCUCUCCUACAACUGGCACUUUGACGUAAAGCCUCCGGUGGACCUCGCAGACGCCGCUGCUCUCUUCUCCGUUCCCGACUUUGUCGGAGACUCCUGCAAAGCCAUCGCCUCCCGAGUCAGAGGAGCCGUCGCCUCCGUGCAAUUUGACGAUUUCCACAAGAACUCGAACCGGAUCAUCUGCUCGGCGGUGUUUGGCUUCGAUGAGAAGAUGGCCAUUCGUUCCAGCCUCCGCUUCAACCAGAACCACCUGACCAUCAGCAGCGUGGACAUCCAGUCAGUGGAGCCGGUGGACCAGAGGACGCGGGACGCCCUGCAGAAGAGUGUCCAGCUGGCCAUCGAGAUCACCACCAACUCCCAGGAGGCCACCGCACGACACGAGGCGGAGCGUCUGGAGCAGGAGGCCCGGGGCAAGCUGGAGAGACAGAGGAUCACCGACCAGGCCGAGGCCGAGAAGGCCAGGAAGGAGCUGCUGGAGCUGGAGGCUCUCAGCGCGGCAGUGGAGAGUACGGGAGCAGCGAAGGCCGAGGCUCAGUCCCGGGCCGAGGCGGCUCGUAUUCAGGGAGAGGCGGCGGUCAACGAGGCCAAACUGAAGGCCGAGGCUCAGAGGAUCGAGGCGGAGGCAGAGCUUCAGCGGCUGUCGAAGGCCCGUGAGCAGGAGCUGGCCUAUAAGAAGCAGAUGGACGCUCUGGAGGUGGACAAGCAGAAGAAUCUGGCUCACAUCGAGAGCGAGCGCUUCAGUCAGCUGGUGGAGAGUCUGGGCAGCGACACGCUGAAGGAGAUGGCCAGAGCCGGGCCCGAGCUGCAGGUGAAACUGCUGCAGGCUCUGGGGCUAAAGUCGACUCUCAUCACAGAUGGCGCUUCUCCCAUCAACCUCUUCACCACCGCCAACGGCCUGCUGGGGGGGAUGCUGCCGGGACAGGGACAGGGACAGGGACAGUGAGGAGGAGGAAGAAGAAGAGGAAGAGGAGGAACAGACUGUCCAAAAGUAAACCCGAACAGACACUCAUCCUUCUGACACUCUAGGCCAUGAUCACACUCAGCGUCUUUUUUAUUUAGGGCAGCAUUUUGGUUCAAAAAUCAGCCGAGAGCAUCUUUUGUUGCUAUGACAACUACUGCUACAGUAUACCAGAGCGCUAUGUGGAGUGAUGCGAGAUAAAACAAAGUCAAUCCAGCAAGUCCCUUUUUUUUUUUUUUUUUUUUUUUGAUGUUCUUGUUUCGCCUUUUUCAAAGUUUGGACAUUUCAAAGCGGGCGAUAGAGCCAAAGAAUGAACGGAGUCACUUUUUCAAUGUGUUUUCUGUAUUUUCCAACGUUUCUGAAGAGAGAAAUUAACUCGCUGUGCUCCGACUCCCUUUUCUUAUUGUUGUUAUGGAACCAACAGGUCCCGCUACUCCGCCUGCCAUUAGUCGGCUGUCAAAAUAGCGCUUUUUUUAUAGACGCUCUGAGCUCCAGGAAAGUGGUGGCGGCGUUUAAAAAAACGCUCCGGACUUUUUUGAAAACACGGUUUACUCCAUGUAGGAUUAUAAUAUAACACAGACACUAGCAGCUUAAAAAAAA